AUGCCGCCAAAACGCAACUCUCGCCGCGCCGCUGCCGCUGGAACCGCCAAUCCUGCUCCUCCCCGCGUCCGACCAGGAAUUCUCCCCCGUCACCGCGGCCGAGCCUACUUCACCGACGAAUUGCUGCCCUACGACCCCGACCAAACGCGCUACAUCUAUAGAAACUUUGGACGGUACCGGGAGGCCGAGUGGCGCGCCGAGGAGGCGGCGUCUGCUCACCAGAGAGACGCAAUGGCCGAUAUGUUGGCUGUUGUGGGCUUUGAUGCUACUAUCGCCGAAGGCCUGCAUCACCUGAACGCUUUGCCGGUUCGAGCACGCUCUGUCCCUUCCCGCGCACGCGCUGUCCGCCUUGCUGUGCCUGCUGUUGCCCCUGUUGCCCUUGUUGCGGCUGAAGAAGACGAAGAAGAAGACGAAGUAGUAGAAGAGGCGGUAGAAGAACCCGAAGCCGAAGAGGCGGAAGAGGAGGCGGAAGAGGCCCAAGAGGCGGAAGAAGAGGAGGGAAAGGACGAGGAGGAAGAAGACGACGAGGAGGAAGACGCCGCCGCCGCCGGCCCCAGCACAUCCAAGAAGUUCUUCCCUAGUGAGCAAAACCGCGACUACAAGACGAACCCUGUAGCCCUCGGCGUGCCAGAACCGGCCCUCUUCGCGAUCCGAGGCCACAUAAAGGGCGUUCAAACCACCAAGACGUACGCCGGCGCUGCGAACUUUGACUGGAACAACAAGAAGUCCGUCACCACGCUGCUCCAGUGGCGCAACCAGAUAUACCGACGCUCUGGUGCCCCUAAGAGGAACGCGCGGUUCUUCUCGACCGCCGAGACCCAGUGGUUGGAAAACUACUGGGCUCAGGUCCUCCGCGACGUGCGGAGUGACCCGGCGGCCAGAUUGCCGCCCCAGACCGACAUCGUUGCGGCCUUCAACGCAGCGUUCCCGGCCGCCCAGCGCUCCCAAGCGUCGAUCAGCAGCAACUUCAACCGGGCCGGAUCGAGGAGUCGGAGGCUGAAGGAGGAGGCGGAGGGGGUAAUUCGGGGUCGUCAGGGUCGUUGA